AUGUGUAUAUAUCUUUUAAAUUUACCUGAUCACCAAAUUUUCAACACAUCUACUCUUCUUCAAAUGAUGAUAUAUCCUCAAGGAGAUCGUAAAGAAGAAAUAUUUUCUAUCUACUUACAAAAAAAGGCAUGUGAGUUUAUAAACACUAGUUUUUAUAAACAUAAUCAUACUAUUGGAGCAUUAGAAUUAGAAAAUAAGAACUUUAAUUUGCAUAUAAAAAAACUUAAAUCUUCUUGUUCACUUUUUAUACAAGUAGCAAGAGCCAAACAAUUUAAAAAAAAACAAGUUUCAAAAAUUCAGGCUUCUAUUUGCAAAGCAAGUAAGGUUCAUCCUGCUCAAUUCCAAAAAGAAGUCAAUAAAUUAUUUAGAGUUAAUAAUAAUAAAUACAAUGUGAAAUUUGUGAAAUUGGCUACUGAUAUUAGUACUAUAGGAAGAGCCUUGAUAUGUGUAACAUUGAAUGUAGAAGACUUUGAAAAUUUUCAUAAAUCAUUAUGUGCUGGAAUAGAAAGUGCACUAAAUGGAUUUACUAAAUGGAUGGAAACUUGGAUUCAUUUACCUCUUGGCAUUUGCCAAUUAG